AUGGCCCAUAAUCUCCGCCCCAUGCCCUCCGCUGGCCGCCUUGACGCCGCCCCGACGUCGCUGUCGAGAACAUCGUCGAGUCCUCCUUCGCGAGAAAGCCAGCAUAGAACUCCACUAGCGAGGCGACGCGUUGUCCGCACGUAUGACCCGAAUGUCAUGGCCGACGGGCCCUCUGGUGAGCACGCUGAGGGCAAUGGACACAGACAUGCCGCGUCGAUAUCAUAUUCUCCUUCGUCCUCGACGUCUACAUAUCCGCGACCCAUGUACUCAGACAGCGCGCCAGAACUACGUCUGCCGCCCGUUGACCCACGGCGGUCGCGCCGCCUUUGCACCGAUUUCGAGCUUGGGGAUCACCGAAUACAAUUACUAGAACGGCUCGCGACUUCGUCUUCGCAUACAACUCUUUCAACAAGCUCGCCAAAUACAAUGAUAUCUCCAUUACUACCUUCGUCGCCUAGCUACGAUAGCAUAACAAGCCUAGAGUCCCAGUCGGACUUGUUGCCGCCUUUCAACGAUAGCUGUUCGUCGUUGUAUGACGAUAUAGAAUCUGCCUUUCCGCAACCACCGCCAAUGCCAAGUCCUCUCAUUCGACGGAUGUACAGCACGCCGGCGUUCGAGCCGAAGGAUAGUGCGGAGGAGCUUAUUGAACUACUCAGCGAAUCCUCGCUCACAUCUAUGAAGUCUCGGACCCUUCCAUGCGUCAAACCGUUGGUAAUAGUGAAAGGGCGCGGCUCAAUGUCAAGUAGCUCGACCUCAGCAUCGUCCGAAUUUACAGCAAGCACUAGCAGGACAUCGCAAGACAGCAAUAAACCAUCCGAUCCAUUUGCAGAUGCAGACCAUAGAAGGUCUAGUACUGUACGGCCGCAACGGAGGCCUUCCGUCGGAGAACGGACAUCUACUAGUGCUACUCUCCGGCCCUUCCUUCCUACCCAGAAGCCCAGCAACACGCAAGUAGAAAGCAAGAUUACAAACCACAAGUCCGUGCAUAAACACGCACUAUCUUUCUCUGCCGCUACCGAGCCUGUGUCUCUUUUCCAACGUGCAAAGCUUGGGACAAGAAAGAGCUUCGCCCACUUUCGACGCCCACCUGCAAGUAGUCUUUCAGAACCUUUGAUACCUCCCAGCCGUAGUGCGACACCUUCUGCCGUACCAUCCCAAGCACCAGUGCCUCAUACCUCCAGAAUGCCGCAUAUAAUUAGGAAAGUCGCUAGUAUGCGCGCCCCAGGCAGAAGCACCAGCACGGCAGAGCCUUCCAACGCAUCCCACCAACCCCUGGACGCACUUUGCCGCCUGGAAGACAGCCUCGCCAAGCUCAAGACGCACGAGCGAGAUUCAGUUCGUGCGCAAAGGCUCGACUCCAGUCAGUCACAUCAGACGAGCUUCGUCAACUUCAACAACCGGUCAUCGACCAACACCACAACACCUAGGAAACAUCGAGUUGCUCUGUCCGAAAGCAGUCCGCGUCCUGCGCCGCCCCCACUUGCUCGUCGACCGACCGAAUUCCUCACCCCUGGAAGGGGCUUAGGGGCUGACUACCGUAGCCAGAGCACCAUUCCCUUCCCGGAAGAUUCGAACAACGGUCUCAAGUCAUUUAUGGACAUCACGCCUGAACGGGACGGUAAGAAGGCCCCUAAGGACAAGAUGAAACGCCUAUUCGCGAAUGCGAGCCAAUUUGUGGGAUGGGGCAGAAGUUCCAAGUAA